AUGGGACAGUGUGGAGGAUUUUCUAGAGGAAAACGGACGUGUGAGCAAUCCAGCCCUAAUGCUAAUGGCAAGAGUGUGAAACCACCUCAGCCGCCCGUGCCUUUGACGUUAUCUCAAAGUGAAGAAUUAAAGUUAAGGAGGACUCGAAAGUCUCGGGACAGUGGAUCCAAAGGGAGCGAGCCCGGUGAAAAGGGAGUGGCGUCAGUAAUUGAUUUGGACAUUAAAGUUAAUGAGGAGGAACGAGAUAAAUCGGAGACACCAGCUAGUUUAUAUCCGUCUCUGCCACCUUCACCCCCAGGAAGCCCUACAGGACUGCCUCCAGUAGUUCAACAACGGCUCGACGAGAAACCGCAGGAGAUAGCGAGGAAGGUGGUACAGCUCGAAGCAGGCUCGGAGAGCGGGCCGCGCCUAAUUUAUAACUCUAAUUCCCUUUUUGCCCCCAGGACCCUAUUCAUCAUCAGUUUGCCCGCCGACGAUGGUGGGGGGGCUGCCAGCACCGUGGCCGACGACUCCGCCCGCACCCUUGUUAGCAGCCAGCUGGAUGUCAUGCUGGGGGACUGGCUUAUAAACCAGAGCAACCACUGUUACCCCUACUGCGCAUUCAUCAAGUUGCUUCUCAAUUACAGCCGUGACACACUGUCCACACAUUUCUUCAUGGAUCUGUUCUACAAAGACAUGGCUGGGCAGCAGGAAGCGGUCACAGUGGACAACAUCGACAAGCUUUUGUUGAAAGGCGUGGAUGUAAAAAUUGUGGUGAUGCAUAGCGAAGCCAGCUUUUGUUUGAUGAACACCCCGGCAACAGGGGCCUGUAAACUGGUUAUCAUCUAUGCCUCACUACUUGCAAACCAAGUGCGGGUGGCACCUGGAGUGUGUUUGGGACACACUGAGGCUUUACUCAUGACUAAUGCAAAAUACCCUGUUGAUUGGGUGGGCAUGAAAGUUUUCAGCAUACCGGCUGGCAGCCAUGUCAGCAACCAGGAAAGCUUGUUUAUGGGACAACUGCCCAAGCUUGUUGUUAUUGGGUUUGUGGCUAAUGAUGCUUUUAGUCGCAAUUAUGUCAAGAACCCUUUCAACUUUAAGCAUUACGAUAUUAAUUUUGUGGCCCUUCACAUGGAUGGUGAACGAACCCCAUCAGAACUGCUGCAACCCAUUUUUGAGGAUGGCUGCUGUGUGAGAGAAUACAUGCAGCUCAUUCAGACAAUUGGCAGCCAUAUGAAAGAUCAUUCCCUGCUGGUGGACAGGGAAAAGUUCACCCGUGGCUAUAUCCUCUUUGCCUUCAACCUGAGUGCAAGCAUUAAUAGGGCACGAUAUCCUUGCCCAGAUGGGUAUGGUGCUUACCUCGGAACACCCUUUAUAGCACCAGCCAUUGCCUGGACUUUCCCAAUCCCACUCAGCUGGAGGACUGAUCAGCCUGUGUGGGUAGAGCAAUGGCCGCUUAAACGGGAAAGUCUCAUUCAAGCACAUGAACUAGUAAAGGAACAGUACAAACAAGGUCAUCUAAGACUAUCUACCAGCCCUUGGAAUACCCCAAUAUUUGUGAUCAAGAAAAAAUCCGGCAAAUACAGACUUUUACACGAUCUACGUGCUGUAAACAGACAGAUGCAUGACAUGGGUGCUUUACAACCGGGAUUACCCAGCCCAGCAAUGAUCCCAGAAGGCUGGCACCUGCUAAUCGUAGAUUUAAAGGACUGUUUCUUUACCAUAGCCCUCCAUGAAGAUGAUAAACAGCGAUUUGCAUUUACACUCCCUGCUAUCAAUAGAGAGGGGCCAGACCAAAGAUUUGAAUGGACAGUACUACCGCAGGGUAUGCCAAACUCACCAACCCUCUGUCAACUCUAUGUCGAUGCGGCACUUCAACCGUUACGUCAACAGUGGCCAGAGACCAUGAUAUAUCACUACAUGGACGACAUAUUGUUGGCACAAAAAAAACCUUUUUCUCCUGAACAAAAAUUUGAUCUAAUCACACAAUUAAAGAAAAAGGAACUUGUGAUGGCCCUGGAAAAGGUACAGGAAUGCAGCCCCUGGCAGUAUCUAGGUUGGCAUAUUUCGAAUGCCACCAUCAGACCACAGAAAUUGACAAUCAGGACUGACAUAAGAACACUCAAUGAUGCUCAAAAACUAUUAGGAGACCUCCAAUGGAUCCGUCCGGUUGUCGGCAUUCCUAAUGAACUUUUAAAUCUGCUACGCCCCUUGCUGAAGGGAACAGACCCAGCGGCUGCCGUCACGCUCACAGAGGAACAGCAACGGGUACUCCAGGAAAUUGCAUCGCUAAUUACUACGCGUGCUACGCACCGACGCCUGGAAAAUCAGCCACUUGAUCUUACUAUUUUAUGUGGCCCACAAUACCUAAUGGGAGCCAUUACACAACACAAAAUAAAAACGGGGGAAAAAAGAGGCUUGGCGGAACCCAUUGUACUAGAAUGGAUAGCACCACCGUUACAACCAAAACGAACUAUUCAAGAAAAAAUUUCAACGCUGGCCGAACUCAUUAGGACACUCUUCGCCCCUGACUUACAUGAUCAGCGUUGGUCAAAUCUGACUGCAGCAAUCAAACAUAGAAGAAGUGAGAAUCGUCGAGGCAAGCGUGAAUUGAAAAAACUAGGUUCAGAUUGUGCUGAUGAUGUAGAAUUAUGGGGGCCUGCGGAAAGGUUUUUCGCCGCAGCUUUAGCUCCUAGCGUUGCAGUUGCGCAUGCCAUGUCUAAUCUAAAUAAACUUGCUUGUUGGGCUGUUAAGCAAUCAAAUGUUACUACACAAAUUCUCUCUGAAAUGUCACAGGAUAUGGAUAGCCUGAGACAUGCAGUGUUGCAAAAUAGAGCAGCUAUAGACUUUCUGCUUUUAGCACAGGGAUGCGGGUGUGAGGAUUUUGAAGGAAUGUGUUGUUUUAAUCUUUCUGAUCAUGGACAGUCAAUCCAUGAGCAAUUGAAAUGGCUAAAGGACCACACCCAGAGAAUCACCGUACAGUAUAAUUGGCUUGAUGAUCUGUUUAGAAAGAUGUUUGGCAAUGUGAGUGCCUGGAUUUUGAGCUUGAUCAAAGAAGGGCUACGUAUUCUAUUCAUAAUUGUAUUAGUUUUAAUUGUUGUAAGAGUGAUUUUUAGCUGCUUAACACAAAAGCUUGAACAAUUAACUAAAAAGGUCUUUCUCGCACAAAAUAAAAACGGGGGAAUUGUGGAGGACUGGCUUGAGGGCAGAGGUCAUGUGAAGAUUGAACAACUAAAGGAAGCAGAACUAAGUGCAUAUCGCACACAGUUGAUGUGAGCCAAGUCCCGUAUGAGAGUAAAAACAGCUAGAGCCAAGGACACAUUGUCCUUGGCUCCAAGGUGUUAUCAAUGAUUAGUCCUGGGAACUUGCGGGUGAUGUAAUGCAGAAGUUGCUGGGUAAACCAAAUUGCUGUUACCAAUAAGGAGCUCAGCUUUUGCAAUAUGUAUGAGCCUGAUUAGUCCUAUACUAUAUAAAGAAAGACCACGCCUAAUAAAGUUGAAGUACACUGAUCACUCA